UAUAACUAUUGUUAGUAGACGAUCUUAGAAAAAUGAUUGUUGAGUUAGUAUAGUAGAAUUGAGUAGAAUAACUAACUAUUCUUAUAAUUUGUUAAGGUAUAUAGUUUUUAGAGACAGCUGUGAUAUUUAAAAAAAGCUACUAUGGCAAAUGUUACAUUUAUGUUUGAUUUCCUAAAUAAUGCCAGAGACAAUUUUUUCGAAAUAUUUGAAAAAGAAGUAGUAUACGAUGAUAUUGUUGAUUCUUGGUUUUUAAUGGAUCCUGCUUGGCCAGUUUUUACUAUUGUACUAGUAUAUUUAUUAUUUGUUUUGAUUAUUGGUCCACGUUUUAUGAAAAAUCGAGAACCAUUUAAUUUAAAGGGAAUUAUAUUAAUUUACAAUAUAACACAAGUGUUCUAUAAUGGCUUCUUAUUAUACUGGUUUUUUUCUACGCCUGGAGGAUUAAGUUACUUUUGGAACCAUUCAUGCCAUCCUAAGAAACGAGAAUUAUUUCCAUUGUUAAUGUUAGAGUUAAACAAAGGCUCGUGGUUUUAUUUUUUCUCUAAAGUGAUCGAUUUAUUGGACACAGUAUUCUUUAUAUUGAAGAAAAAGAAUUCACAUGUGUCAGUAUUGCAUGUUUAUCAUCAUGCAAUUAUGAUUAUUACUUGUUGGGUCCAAUUGAGAUUCUACAAAGGUACGGAAGGGCUUCUGGCUGGACUCUUAAAUGUUUUUAUCCACGUGAUCAUGUAUUCAUACUACUUUUUAUCAGCUAUGGGACCGAGAGUUCAAAAAUAUUUGUGGUGGAAAAAAUAUUUAACUCUUAUGCAAAUUGUUCAAUUUAUCAUAAUUUUGACGUAUUUAUGUAGCAUGUUUAUAUUUCAGUGUGGAUUCCCAAAAACUUAUUCAUUGUUUCUUGUUUGUAAUGUUUGUAUAUUCCUUUACUUAUUUACUAUGUUUUAUAAGGAUACAUAUGCUAAAAAUUAUAAAGUUAAGUCUAGUUAAUGAUUAUAUGUACUAUUUAUUUAUUAAAGUAGUAUUUUAUGUUACUAUAUCAAUUGAUAAUUAUUUAGUUUUGUUAAAUACUAUUAUAACAGAACUAACAGUCUAAAAUAAAU